CCGCCUCGGUUUCAGUCACUGAGAUAGCUGCUGCUGGGGACCCCUAAACCACUUUGGCAAAUUAAGGAAAAAUGUGUCGUUUAAAAUGGAUUAACUCAUUAACGGGGAUGUCAACAGUCCAGUCGUGAGCUGCUACGACAGACAGAAGAGGAACCAGUGGCGUAUAUCUUUCCAUACCGCGGCGUCUGUCUCUAUCUGUGUGAAGUGUAUUUGUUUGGAGUUCCUCCAUGAUGCCUGAGGUGCGGGACCUUUCAGACGCCCUGCCAGAGAUGCCCAUGGACCCAAUCACUGGCGUAGGGGUUGUGGCCUCGAGAAACAGAGCUCCCACCGGCUAUGAUGUGGUUGCACAAACCACGGAUGGGAUCGAUGCAGACUUGUGGAAAGACGGCCUGUUCAAAUCCAAGGUGACCCGCUAUCUGUGCUUCACCAGGGCUUUCUCCAAAGAGAACAGCCAUUUAGGUAAUGUGCUUGUAGACAUGAAGCUCAUCGACAUCAAGGACACGCUGCCUGUGGGAUUCAUUCCCAUUCAGGAAACUGUGGACACACAGGAGCCGGCCUUCAGGAAGAGGAGGUUAUGUAUAAAGUUCAUCCCGAGAGACUCCACUGAAGCUGCCAUCUGUGAUAUCCGUAUCCUAGGACGCUCUAAACAAGCACCGCCACAGUAUACAUUCAUAGGAGAGCUGAACAAUAUGGGGAUCUGGUACCGUAUGGGAAAGGUGCCCCGGACCCAGGACUCUUCACCUGUACAGAACAACACCACCAAUAACAUCCAGAGCGUCACCAACAACUCCACUCCAGCACCAGUCUUGCCCAAGCACAUAUCCAUGACCCUGCCGGCAUGUUUCAGAAAAAGCACAACCAGACCAGACUUUGAACACCAGAACUCUAACCUCUAUGCCAUAUCUGCUAUGGAUGGAGUGCCUUUCAUGAUUUCGGAGAAGUUUGCAUGUGCCUCCAGUGAUUUGCAGCAGGUGGAUCUAAUGGGCAUCAGAAUCAAAUCACUUGCAGAGAUCGAGAAGGAGUAUGAAUACAGUUUCCGGACGGAGCACAGCGCCGCGGCCCGACUGCCACCCAGUCCCACCAGAACGUCUCUGGGCUCCGAGGCCUAACGCUCACAACCUCUGAAGAGACUCAUCCACCUCUCUCAAAGUACAGCGGAAACCCACAAAACCAAUUGCGACAAUUUCGAAAGAGGGAAUAAUAUUAUUAUUAUUUUUU